AUUUGCUUGUUCCCUAACCAGAUGUUCCUGCCAGCAUUUGUCUUCAUUGGGCUGGAACAGGAUGACUGCUGUGGCUGCUGCGGCCACAAAAACUGCGGCGAGAGUUGCGCGAUGCUUUCUUCUGUACUGGCCGCUCUCAUCGGAAUUGCAGGAUCUGGCUACUGCGUCAUUGUGGCAGCCCUGGGCUUAGCAGAAGGACCAUUGUGUCUUGAUUCCCUUGGCCAGUGGAACUACACCUUUGCCAGCACCGAAGGACAGUAUGUAAUUGUUCCCUACCUGGCCACACAUUCUUAUCCACAUGUGUGCAGUAGCAACCCUAUCAAACUCAACAGGCUUCCAUCACCCACCGCUCAUCCCGUGUUUGUUCCCACUUGCUCAGCCAUAGUUUAGGCAGUAGCUGUCCAAGGAUGGACAGCCAGUCCCUGACAUGGGCAAGUUCUCAGUGCUUUUUAGUAGAGUCACUGAUUCCUCAUAAUAACCCUUGGAAGUGACUUCCACUAUUACUCUCCUACUUUACAGAUGAGGAAACAGAGGCACAGAGAGAUGAAGUCAUUUAUCCAAGGUCACGUUGCUAGGAAGUGGCAGUGAGGAUUAAAAUGCAGGCAGUCUGGCUGUGGAGUUUGUGUUCAUAUAGUGUAUGUGUUAUACCAGAACAAUUGGCUAAUUAAAUGUAAUACAUCUUACUAUUUUAUAAGAAAGUAUUAUAGAACCCUUAUAUAAAAAGAGUGGUAACUAUAUGAAUUUAACCAAAGCCCAGGGCAAAGCCUACCCCUACCCCCAUACA